GCUGUCAAUGCGAAUGCGGCUGGUGUCGGUUGACGUAUAUGUCUGCUCGAGGCUUCGUUAAUGGGUAAUGCUGUAGGUCACAAGUUCUUUUCGAGGAAACCGCGCUUUCGUGGCUUUAUUAUUGUUCUGAAAAAUUUUAUCUGGUUAUCUUCUUACUCAGAUUAACAAGAAAAGCUUAUGUAGAAGCAAAAGAUGGUGAAAAAUGUUGGCAAGCAGCCAGGCACAAAUCCAAUAUAGUCAUAUGUAUAGCAGUUUGUCAGCUUCAAUGUUGCCACAUGUUGACACAUUGAAACGCGAGCUGUGAACCGGGCGUAGAUUUCCAGCUGCGGCACGGGGAGUGGUGAUGAUGCAAAAUAAUUCUAAAACCAGAGAAAUGUUCAUCGUCAGAGCAUUGGAAAAGAUACUAGCUGAUCGAGAUGUCAAGCGAUCGCAUCUCUCGCAGCUUAGAAAGUCCUGCGAGUCUGCACUUGAGGACCUUCGCAACGAGAUCAAGGAUGUACCAGCUGUGCAGGGUGAAGAGAUAACUUCGAAUGCACUUCCACAACCCAAAAGCAAUUCAAAUGUUAUCACUGCGGAGAAGUACUUCCUGCCAUUCGAGCUGGCAUGCCAGAGCAAGUCGCCACGGAUUGUUGUAACGGCACUGGACUGUCUGCAGAAGUUAAUUGCAUAUGGCCAUUUAACUGGCAAUGUACCUGACUCAACAGAACCAAGCAAACUGUUGAUUGUUCGCAUCGUGGAAACAAUCUGCGGCUGUUUCACCGGCACACAGACCGAUGAGGGUGUGCAGCUGCAGAUCAUCAAAGCCCUGUUGACUGUGAUGACAAGUCAACAUGUGGAAGUGCACGAGGGUACAGUGCUGCUGACUAUCCGUACCGUUUACAACGUCUAUUUAGCGUCUCGCAACUUGGUAAAUCAAACAACAGCUCGUGCGACUCUCACGCAGAUGAUCAACGUGAUCUUUGCGCGAAUGGAGACGCAGGCGGAGGAGGACGUAAGGAUCGACGGAGAGCAUCAGCAAGACGCUGGUGUCGUAAACGGCGAGACUGAAGCUGAACUAAGCGCGGAGAACAACGUCUCGAAUAACGAUGCGAUUGAAUCUCAAACAAUUGUCAAAGGAAUUCUUGACGACGUGGUGAACUCCGUAGUGCCAUUGGAGGAGGAAGUCAGUCUAGAAAACGGCAGUCCGGAAGACAAUGGUGAUGAGGCAACCGCUGAGAACGACAACAUGGUCACCGCCAAGUUCACUCAUGUGUUGCAAAAGGAUGCAUUCUUGGUAUUUCGCGCUCUCUGCAAGCUCUCCAUGAAGCCAUUGCCGGAUGGCACACCCGAUCCAAAGUCACACGAGCUCCGCUCUAAGAUUCUGUCGUUACAAUUGCUUCUGGGGAUUUUGCAAAACGCUGGCCCUGUUCUGCGUUCCAACGAGAUGUUCGUUAUCGCUAUCAAGCAGUACUUGUGUGUCGCGCUGUCGAAGAAUGGCGUGUCCUCGGUACCCGAGGUGUUUGAGCUGUCGUUAGCUUUGUUCCUAGCACUUCUUGCACGUUUCAAAGUGCAUCUCAAGAUGCAGAUUGAGGUGUUCUUUAAGGAAAUUUUCAUGAACAUUCUCGAAACGUCCAGCAGUUCCUUCGAGCACAAGUGGAUGGUCAUACACGCACUCACGAGGAUAUGUGCGGACGCUCAGAGCGUUGUCGACAUUUACGUUAACUAUGAUUGCGAUCUCUCUGCAGCGAAUCUCUUCGAGAGGCUCGUCAACGAUCUCUCUAAGAUCGCGCAGGGUCGCCAAGCACUGGAGCUUGGUGCGUCACCAAAUCAGGAAAAAUCUAUGCGCAUUCGCGGCCUCGAGUGCCUUGUAUCUAUCCUAAAGUGCAUGGUAGAGUGGAGCCGUGAUCUGUACGUGAAUCCCAGCGUACCGGCAGAUCAGCAACCGCUGUCGGAUCCACCGGAUCCAGCGCCAGAAACUCCGCUGCCGCGCUACGGCAGUGCCGGCAGCCUGUCGUCGGCCAAUUCCAGCCUGACCGGCAAUAAGGAGGUGCCGGAUUCGCCAGAGCAGUACGAAGUGCAGAAGCAGCAGAAGGAAGUAUGGGAGACCGGCAUUGAGAUCUUCAGCCGGAAGCCUGGCAAAGGUGUGCAAUAUCUGCAAGAGCAAGGAUUACUCGGUACCUCGCCGGAGGACGUGGCCAGAUGGCUGCAUUUGGAUGAGCGGCUCGAUAAAACGGCAAUCGGCGACUUUCUGGGUGAUCACAAUCACAAUCAAGUAAUGUACCACUACAUUGAUCAAAUGAACUUUGCCGAGCGCGAUUUGGUAACCGCGCUCAGGUACUUUCUAGAGGGUUUCCGCUUGCCUGGCGAGGCGCAAAAGAUUGACCGAUUGAUGGAGAAGUUUGCCAGCCGCUAUUGCGAAUGCAAUCCUAACAAUGGCCUUUUCACCAGCGCGGAUACAGCCUACAUUCUUGGUUUUUCGAUUAUAAUGCUAACCACCGAUUUGCACUCGCCGCAGGUCAAGAACAAGAUGACAAAGGAACAAUACAUCAAGCUUAACCGGCGCAUUAGCGAUAAUGAGGAUCUCCCCGAGGAAUAUCUCUCCAGAAUCUAUGACGAAAUCGCCGGCAAUGAAAUCAAGAUGAAGUCAAACCCCAAUAACAGCCGGCUCUCCGGCAAGCAACUGAUCUCCAGUGAGAAGAAACGACGGUUGUUGUGGAACAUGGAAAUGGAAGUGAUCUCGACGGCAGCAAAGAAUCUGAUGGAGUCUGUCAGUCAUGUUCAAGCGCCAUUUACCACUGCGAAGCACUUGGAACACGUGCGACCAAUGUUCAAGAUGGCGUGGACACCGUUCCUCGCCGCCUUCAGCGUCGGCCUUCAAGAUUGCGACGAUCCGGAAAUCGCAUCGCUCUGUCUGGAUGGCAUUAGGUGUGCCAUUCGCAUUGCUUGCAUCUUUCACAUGAGUCUCGAGCGCGACGCCUACGUACAGGCAUUGGCGAGAUUCACUUUGCUGACGGCAAAUUCUCCCAUUACCGAGAUGAAAGCGAAGAACAUCGACACCAUCAAAACCCUCAUUACGGUAGCCCACACUGACGGCAAUUACCUGGGCAGCUCGUGGCUGGACGUAGUCAAAUGCAUCUCUCAGUUGGAGUUGGCACAACUGAUCGGCACUGGAGUGCGGCCUCAGUUGCUGGGGCCACCGUCUAAACCGCACUUUCCGUCGCCGUUGGUGAACUUCGGUAAUAUCGCGCAUUCCGCCAGCUCACACCAAAACAAUCUCAAUUUGAGCUCGCUGGACCCCAGCGUGAAGGAGUCUAUCGGCGAGACCAGCUCGCAGAGCGUUGUCGUGGCCGUUGAUCGCAUCUUCACCGGCUCGACGAGACUCGACGGCGACGCCAUCGUCGAAUUCGUCAAGGCUCUCUGCCAGGUUUCUCUUGAGGAACUGGCGCACCCCACGCAACCCCGCAUGUUCUCUCUCACGAAGAUCGUCGAGAUCUCGUACUACAACAUGGGCCGCAUCAGGUUGCAAUGGUCCAGGAUUUGGCAGGUGCUCGGCGAUCACUUUGAUAGAGUGGGAUGCAGUCCUCGACAGGAUAUCGCAUUCUUUGCAGUGGAUUCUCUUCGACAACUGGCGACUAAGUUUAUCGAAAAGGGCGAGUUUGCCAACUUUAGGUUCCAAAAGGACUUUCUCAGGCCAUUUGAGCACAUCAUGAAAAAGAACAGGUCGCCCGUAAUCAGAGAUAUGGUCGUCCGAUGCGUAGCACAGAUUGUUCACUCACAGGCGCCCAACAUUAGAUCUGGCUGGAAGAAUAUUUUCAGCGUUUUUCAUCACGCGGCCAGCGAUCGCGACGAGUCUGUCGUCGAGCUGGCUUUUUCCAUGACCGGCAAGAUCAUCAACGAGCUAUAUGCAGAAGACUUCAGCAUCAUGGUGGAUUCCUUCCAGGACGCCGUCAAGUGUCUGAGCGAGUUUGCGUGCAACGCAUCUUUCCCAGACACCAGCAUGGAGGCGAUCCGAUUAAUACGCUCUUGCGCGUCUUAUAUCGACCUGAAUCCCAAUCUGUUUGCCGAGGGUAUGAUGGACGACAGCGGGAUGGUUUCCGAGGAAGAUCGAGCCUGGGUGAGAGGGUGGUUUCCACUAUUGUUUGAAUUAUCCUGCGUAGUGAGUAGAUGCAAACUGGACGUCAGAACGCGCGCGCUGACAGUGCUCUUCGAUGUCGUGAAAACCCACGGUGCGUCCUUCAAACCUCAUUGGUGGAAGGACCUCUUUCAGGUUCUCUUCAGAAUUUUUGAUAACAUGAAAUUGCCCGAGCAGCACACUGAGAAAGCCGAGUGGAUGACGACAACGUGCAAUCAUGCGCUGUACGCCAUUGUGGAUGUGUUCUCGCAGUUUUAUGAUAUCCUGGGACCUCUCUUAUUAGAACAGCUCUACUCCCAACUGCUUUGGUGCGUUCAGCAGGACAAUGAACAGUUGGCCCGAUCGGGCACCAACUGCCUGGAAAAUCUAGUUAUCAGCAAUGGCAUCAAGUUCGACGAGCAGACUUGGGAAAAAACGUGUCAAUGCGUUCUGGAUAUUUUUGAGAGCACUCUACCAUCCGCACUGCUAACGUGGAAGCCGCCAUCGCCCAACAAGGAGUCCGAUCUUGACGUGAUAACUGGCGAGUCCGAUGGCCAUCACAUCGGCAUCCUGAAGAGGAGCAACAGCGUGCAAAGUCUGAACAUGGAAUUCUUACCGAAAGCGAAGCUCUUUGCCGCGUUGCAGAUCAAGUGUGUGGUACAGUUGGAAUUGAUACAAACUAUCGAUAAUAUCGUCUUUUAUCCGGCGACCUCGCGUAAGGAGGAUCAAGAAAAUCUGGCGCUCGCGCAGGCCGACAUGCUGAACGGCAAGUCGUCGGAGCUUGUCAAGGCCGGCGCCGAUCAGCAGAAGGAAGAACAGGGCAUGUACUGCGCUCUGACGACUAAUCAUCUUCUGCAAUUAGUGGAAUGCCUGUUGCGAUCGCAUCGCUUCGCCAAGAGCUUUAAUUCGGAUCACGAGCAACGCAACGUGCUGUGGAAGGCUGGUUUUCGCGGUAACAUGAAGCCGAAUCUGUUGAAGCAGGAAACUCAGUCGCUCGCUUGCGCGCUGCGCAUUCUUUUCAAGAUGUAUAGCGACGAGGCGCAUCGCGCCGAUUGGCCGAAAGUCGAGGCGCGUCUGGUCGAGGUAGCGUGCGAGGCCCUCGAGUACUUCCUCGCGAUCGCCAACGAGGCCCACCGUGACGCCUGGACGCCUAUUCUGCUGCUGCUGCUCACCCGAAUUCUCAAGAUGAGCGAUCAUCGCUUUGCGGUUCAUGCCUCCACCUGCUAUCCCUCGCUCUGCGAGGUCAUGUGCUUCGAUCUGAAGCCUGAACUCAGAUCGGUGCUGCGCAGGUUCUUUCUCAGGAUCGGACCAGUCUUCAGGAUCACGCAGCAGUAGUGGCGGGAGCAGCAAGAAGCGAGGGGCUGUUGACACAUACGUCGGAAUCAUGUUGAACGGGAAAUUGGCUGAAUUACAGGAAAGACAAUCUCAGCAGUAAGAGUGUAAUUAAAUGUAAAGCGCGACUCGAUACUUCGGCUCGUGUUAAACUAUUUAUAUAUGAUCUAACAAUUUGCAUAAAUUUCUUUGACUUUUUUAUGGUGUUUGCAUUAUUUACAUCGUACGCUUUAAGUUAACGUACCGAUUUUCGUCUUCACUUUUCUCACGUAGCACCACAUAUAACGCUAAAUGUAACUUGUAUUUUAUUUGUCCAAUAUACGCAGACACACAAGUGGCGUAUUAAUUGUGUUUUUCAAUAAUUUGAUUAUAUCUAUUGGUGAUUUAUUGAUUAGUAUAAUUUUAGAUUUUAAUAUAAUCAAUUAAUAUUUCAUUGAUAAUAUUAAGAGGUUUAUAAUAUUUAAACAUUUAGCGCUAAAUGUGCGUAUGCAACAAGAAUCUACACUAUUGUGCACACGCUUGUUGAUCGAAGAAAUUUUUGGAUCGUAUAUGAGCCGUUUAACAUCAUGUGUAUAACGACAUUCGUCUGUGUAACAUAUUAGAGCAAAUAUAUAAUAUAUGAGCUAGCGCGAGAAGUUGGGAAUCGGCAAUAUUCUUCGUCGAAUCGAGAGUUAUUUAAUAGAAUUUAAUAGAAAUUUAGCAAUAUUUUAAUUCUUAUUUCGAUUUUACUAUCGGUCUUAAAGAAAAAUUUAUGAAUUAGCAUAUCUAGAUGCUGAUGAGGAAAUCUAACAAUUCGUUGCGGAAAUAUAGUUUUAUUAUUACUGAGUUGGCAUUUUAUUAAGCGUGUGAAAAUGUGAAAAAGACCAAAGAAGAAAAACAAAGUGAAAUAUUGCGAAUUCCCAUAUGUCUUGAGAGAGGCCGUGAAAUAUGUAUACAUUAUAAAUAGCAAUUCAGUAGAUAAACAUUAUUGAGGCGAUAGUCUUUAUAAUUUGAUAGAAUGCGAGAGAAAGAACGUGUGUGCGAAUGAAAGAGGGAGAGACAAGUGCUAUUAUCAAUACGUAGGAGCCUAGAAUAAGACCCGAGACGCGUUAUCAUUAAUAUUAGAAUUAUUACAUAUGUAUAUUCGUGUCGGAGCAGCAAGCGUUAGUAACUCUGUAACGUUUAAGUAACUUAUAUAUAAAUAGUCAUUGAUUCCUUUGUGACGUGGUUCGAGAUCUUAUUUAAUUAUAUAAAAGAGAUGUUGCGUUUCAUG